AUGAGUUGGAAUCGCCUAGAUGGCAAUGGGUAUAUAUCAUUUAUGGGAAUAAUGUUUCCAUCUUCAACUAAUUGGAAGAAAAGAGUCUCGUUGACAUAAUAGGAUAACAGCAUGAAGUUUCACGUAGCACACUCUAUCUUGCCAUCAGCUCCUGACUGUGGGUCUUGUUUUGAUGCUGUCACUACCUGCGUGGUCAGAGUUUAGGUGACUUUGAACACCAUGGAAAGCAACUGGGUUUCAAUUCAGUUGGAACUUUUCAAGAGGCAAGUGAUGGAAUCUGUAGCAAAUCCUAAAAAUGGCUUGGAAUAGCCAGAGCUCAGUAAGUGUUAGUAGUGGUAAUGACAGCAGCUUUUGAAAACUUUGAACUUUAUUAUUAUCAAUUCUGAUAAUACCUCUAUUAAUUAGAACAAUAACAACAAGGGAUAAGAACCUAAAUGAUGGGACAUUCCGAUGGAAAAAGAAAAUUGAAAGGACAAAUUUUGAGGAAAAAAUGAAAAUGAAGAAGCUUGAUUGAGUCAAGAGUUGAACUCCUCCCCAAGUCCCUCUGCAGAGCCUGGUGAGCCAGGUCCCCAUCUCCUCAUGAAGUGCACCACAUCUUUUCCUCCCUGCAGAUGAGUUGAUUGUACAUGAACCACAAUGGUCGAUGUUCUAGAAGAGUAGACCUCAAAGUAUAGUCCCAGGCCAUCAGCAAUAGCAUUUGAGAAUUUGUUAGAAAGAACAAUUUUAGAGCCAUAGACCCCAAAUUCUGAAGCCAAUAGUCUGAGUGUGGGGGCUCAACAAGUCCUUCAACUGAUUCUGACAAGAAGCAGUUUAAGGACCAUUGUUCUAAAACAUGGAUGUAGAGUUUGUUUUUCUGCUAGUUCGAAAAAAAAAAAUUCUCAAGGAAAAAGUUAUGCAUUUUUUCUCUUUUAUUCCUAUUACUUGGCACAAUAUGGAUAAAGAAUAGAUAUUCAAUAAACACAUAAAUACUACCUAUGCGGUCAGAGAGUUGAAGGCUUUUAAAGCAAGGAGCACUAGUGUCAUAGUGUCUAAGAGUUUGGCUGCUAACCAAAAGAUCAGCAGUUCAAAUCUACCAGCUGCUCAUUGGAAACCCUAGGGGACAGUUCUACUUUGUUUUAUAGGGUUGCUAUGAGUCUGAUUUGACUCAAGGCACAGAAAGACAACAAGAAAAAAAAAACAAGGAGGCUAUUAGGGUCUUUAUUCAGGUGGAAAUUUGGGGGGAGAUAUGCUGCAGUGGUAUGGUAAUGAAUAAGAGAGAAAACAGAAGGAGGGAGGAAGGGAGGAUGGGACAAAGACAGAUGAAGGAAUAGAAAGAGGAGGAGGGAGAAGGAGACAGAGAGUAGAAAGAUUUGUAGUAUUCACUUCGUUUCACAAUACAGAUGUGAGAAUUUCUCUGAAAUAAGCACCUCUUUUAGAUCUCUUUCCUAUCACUUCCAUCAUCAGACUCAUCAACAACAUGACAUCAGAAAACCAAACUGGUGUAGCAGCAUUCUCCCUCCUGGGGCUCUCAGAGGAUUCAGAACGGCAGCCCUUCCUGUUCGGACUAUUCCUGACCAUGUACCUCGUCACUGUGUUGGGGAACCUACUCAUUAUCCUGGCCAUCAGCUCAGACUCCCACCUCCACACCCCCAUGUACUUUUUCCUCUCCAACCUGUCCUUCACUGACAUCUGUUUCAGCACCACCACGGUCCCCAAGAUGCUGGUGAACAUCCAGACACAGAACAAAUCCAUCAGUUACACAGGCUGCCUCACCCAGGUUUGCUUCCUCAUGAUAUUUGCAGGCAUGGAAAAUUUUCUCCUUGCAGCAAUGGCCUAUGACCGCUAUGUGGCCAUCUGCCAACCACUGAGGUAUACAGUCAUCAUGAACUCUCACCUCUGUGGUCUGCUGAUUCUACUCUCCUUGUUCAUUAGUUUGGUGGAUGCCCUGCUCCACAGUCUGAUGAUACUAAGGCUGUCCUUCUGCACAGACAGGGAAAUCCCUCACUUCUUCUGUGAGCUUGCUCAGGUCAUCAAACUUGCCUGCUCCAAUACUCUUGUCAAUAACAUCCUGGUAUACUUACUAACUAGUAUACUGGGUGGUGGUCCACUCCUUGGGAUUAUUUUCUCUUACAUUAAAAUUAUUUCUUCCAUUCUGAGAAUACCAUCAACUGGUGGAAUGUAUAAAGCUUUCUCCACCUGUGGGUCUCACCUGUCAGUGGUUUUCUUAUUCUAUGGGACAGUUUUUGGGGUGUACAUUAGUUCUGCAGUUACUCAUUCUUCCAAGAAGACAGCAGUAGCCUCAGUGAUGUACACUGUGGUCCCUCCAAUGAUGAACCCAUUUGUUUACAGCCUGAGGAACAGGGACAUGAAGGGAGCCUUGAAGAAACUCCUAUGGAGAACAUUUUCCUUUUCAUGA